ACACACAGUUGCUUACCUUUCGUUCCAACCCAAUCCAUCCAAAUAUAUUUUAUCUAAACCAAACCACCAUUUCUCUUUCUCUAAAAAAAGUCUUCUCUUAAACGAUGCCGUUUUCUCUCCCAUAACUACUCAAAUCACAAAACCCUCUCUUUCUCGCUUUUUUUUUCCGGUUCGUUUUUUUUUUCUUGAUGGAUCGAGCUGCUAUGACGGUCGGACCGGGUAUGGAUUUACCGAUCAUGCACGACAGUGAUCGGUACGAUCUGGUUCGUGAUAUCGGGUCCGGAAAUUUCGGUAUUGCUAGGUUGAUGCAAGAUAAACAAACCAAAGAGCUUGUUGCUGUUAAAUAUAUCGAACGUGGUGAUAAGAUUGAUGAAAAUGUGAAGAGAGAAAUUAUUAAUCACAGGUCUCUGAGACAUCCUAACAUUGUUAGGUUUAAGGAGGUCAUUUUAACACCUACUCAUCUUGCUAUUGUAAUGGAGUAUGCAUCUGGAGGAGAACUUUUUGAGCGAAUCAGUAAUGCUGGCCAUUUUUCUGAGGACGAGGCUCGUUUCUUCUUUCAACAGCUCAUAUCUGGGGUCAGCUACUGUCAUGCAAUGCAAGUAUGUCACCGGGACCUGAAAUUGGAAAAUACUUUGUUGGAUGGAAGCCCGACUCCUCGACUGAAGAUAUGUGAUUUUGGUUACUCCAAGUCUUCAGUGCUUCAUUCACAACCAAAGUCAACUGUGGGAACUCCGGCAUAUAUUGCUCCAGAAGUAUUACUGAGACAAGAGUACGAUGGAAAGAUCGCAGAUGUUUGGUCUUGUGGGGUAACCUUAUAUGUGAUGCUAGUGGGAUCGUAUCCCUUUGAAGAUCCUAACGAGCCAAAAGAUUUCCGGAAGACAAUACAGAGAGUACUCAGUGUCCAGUAUUCCAUUCCAGACAAUGUUCAGAUAACUCCAGAGUGUCGCCACCUUAUCUCAAGGAUCUUUGUUUUUGACCCUGCAGAGAGAAUUACCAUGCCUGAAAUCUGGAAACAUAAAUGGUUUCUGAAGAAUCUUCCCAUGGACCUGAUGGAUGAGAAGAUAAUGGGUAACCAAUUUGAAGAGCCUGAACAGCCCAUGCAGAGCAUUGAUACAAUCAUGCAGAUAAUUUCAGAAGCUACUAUACCUGCAGCUGGAACCUGUUCUUUAGACCAGUUUAUGGCAGAUAACCUUGAUAUGGACGAUGAAUUUGAUGACUUGGAAUAUGAAUCCGAGCUUGAUAUAGAUAGCAGUGGGGAGAUAGUGUAUGCCAUGUACUAAUUUGAUCAUUACCAGUACUUGAAAUACAGCAUGUUAAAAGGAGAGCAUUCUUAUUAUUGGGCCUUAUAGAGGAAUAUGUGGUGCCUGGAUUUUCUGUAGAUUGUAGUAUGGAUAAUACAAAGAAGUGCAUGUUAAUUUUUAUGUGUGCGUGCUUCUUGGAGGUUCCUACGUCUACAUAUUUACGAGUAUCGCCUUUGUAGAAGUGGGGUUGGAUGUUUUCUUACAUGCUGAAAUGGUUGCUGGUUUAGGGAAGAAAAUGAUUGUUAUACUUUACUCACUUCCUGGUGAAUACUUGCUUAAUAUAUUAUAUUUACAUUUACACUAGCAUUGUUGUUGCUACUUGGUCGGUUAAAUUUGCAUUAGGUGAAAUCAUAUUUCAUGUCGAUACUUAUAUUAUACACACCUACUCCAUGUAAACAGUAAAUUUUUAUUAGACACUUCCGUAGUUAGUGUAUGUUUUAGACACUUUCUCUAUCAUGUGUGAGGAAUAGCUGUCCCUCUUCUAUUCCAUUCCUCUAUAAAUUCACUGAAGUUAUUAGUACGAAUAAGAUGGAAGUUGUAAAUACUAUUUGGCAAACAACAAAGUUCAGGGAAA